AUGCUUGCAACACAAUCUGCAGUACCCAUACCCGAUCCGCUUUCUAUACCAUCCAACGCGCCAGAGCACUGCCCGGGACCAGAAACCGAGUUUGCGGGGAAGUCGACGGCGUGUGAUGGUUGUGCAAACCAGGAAAUAUGCGCAUCCAAUGAGGUCAAAGGCCCAGAUCCGUCCCUACCAUUCAUCAGGCAGCGAAUGUCGACGGUGAAGCGCAAGAUCCUUGUACUGUCUGGAAAGGGUGGCGUGGGCAAAUCGACUUUCACUGCGCAGCUAGGUUGGGCAUUUGCGGCCGACGAGGAUUUGCAGACUGGUAUCAUGGACGUCGACAUCUGCGGCCCGUCUAUGCCGACUAUCCUGGGCAUGGCAAACGAGCAGGUUCACGCUUCACAAUCCGGCUGGUCACCCGUCUAUGUGCAAGACAACCUUUGCGCAAUGUCUGUCGGCUUCAUGCUUCCUUCUGCAAGAGAUGCAGUCAUGUGGCGAGGGCCCAAGAAGAACGGUCUCAUCGCGCAGUUCUUGAAGGACGUAGACUGGGGAACCCUCGAUUACCUUCUCGUUGACACGCCUCCUGGGACGUCGGACGAGCACUUGUCAAUCGCCCAGAUGCUCAAGGAGUCUGGAAUUGACGGUGCAGUAGUCAUCACUACACCACAGGAGGUCUCACUACAGGAUGUACGCCGCGAGAUCAACUUUUGCCACAAAGUUGGUAUCCGCGUGCUUGGCGUGGUCGAGAAUAUGGCCGGCUUUGUGUGCCCUAACUGCAAGGGCGAGAGCCAGAUUUUCAAGCCUUCUACUGGCGGAGCAAAGCGCAUGGCGGAGGAGAUGGGCGUUGAACUGCUGGGUUCUGUGCCACUCGACCCGCGUAUAGGGAAGAGUGCGGACUUCGGUGUCAGCUUCCUCGAUGAGUACCCUGACAGCCCUGCCACAACUGCGUAUCUCGAUAUCAUCCAGCGCCUCAAGAAGAUCUUGGGCGAUGCUUAG